CUCUCAGCAGAUUAUUUCUCUCCUUCGCAAGCCGCCAGUUCAAUUAUUCCAGAUCUCUCGGGCGAGUUGAAGCGUGUGUUUGUGGUGAAAAUAACGGAAAUGAACUACUUGGUGGCGAGAUCGGUGAUGAAGCGCGCGGUCGCCGGCGGUCACUACGUGUCGUCAUGUGCUGCGGCUGCGGGUAUACGAGCGUUGACGCCGUUGGAUGUGUCAGCGGCGUCUGGGUUGGAGGCACGUGGGUUGAGUAUGGUGUUGAUAGGGUGGAGGCGGAUGAUGAGCACGGCCGCGGAGUCUUCUUCGACGUCGGCGGUGGCAGAGAAAGACGAUAAGAGUAAAAGCGUGACGAGAAAGGAGGAGAAAGGUGACGUGGUGGUUUCGAGCUACUGGGGUAUUUCGCGACCUAAAGUUACCAGAGAAGAUGGCACGGAGUGGCCUUGGAACUGCUUCAUGCCGUGGGAGACUUAUCGGCCAGACUUAUCAAUUGAUCUUACCAAGCACCAUGUUCCGAAGACAUUUAUUGACAAAGUAGCAUAUCGGACAGUGAAACUUCUUCGCAUUCCGACAGAUAUAUUUUUCCAGAGGCGGUAUGGCUGUCGAGCGAUGAUGCUUGAAACUGUGGCAGGUGUUCCAGGUAUGGUGGGUGGAAUGCUGUUGCACCUGAGGUCUCUGCGCAAGUUUGAGCAGAGUGGUGGUUGGAUAAAAGCAUUGCUUGAAGAAGCUGAAAAUGAGAGGAUGCAUUUGAUGACCAUGGUAGAGCUUGUGCAGCCCAAGUGGUAUGAGAGACUGCUGGUGCUCACCGUCCAGGGAGUCUUCUUCAAUGCCUUCUUUGUACUUUACAUGCUAUCUCCCAAACUGGCUCAUAGAAUUGUUGGUUAUUUGGAAGAAGAGGCCAUACAUUCAUAUACUGAGUUCUUGAAGGAUAUUGAUAGUGGUGCAAUUGAAAAUGUCCCUGCUCCUGCUAUUGCAAUAGACUACUGGAGACUUCCUAAAGAUGCAACUCUCAAGGAUGUCAUCACUGUCAUCCGAGCUGAUGAAGCACAUCACCGGGAUGUCAACCAUUUUGCUUCUGAUAUUCACUUCCAGGGGAAGGAACUGAGAGAUUCACCAGCUCCUAUUGGAUAUCAUUAAGGUCUGUUCAUAUGGUGCAUUAGUUAAAAAAAACUUUGGUUGCUAGUAUAUGCAAGACUCAAUACGCAAUAAAACCUGCUUAUUCAUAUUUUAUGUGGUACGUGUCUGUAAUAUGGAUGUAUGUUGGAUGUGGAAACAAGCCACAAUAAAGUGAAAUUAAUAGGAUUGCUUUUACUUUA